AUGGAUAAGCUUAAAGAUCUCGGAUCCAAGCUGAGCGGUGGUUCUUCCUCUGGCUCUAAGCAAUCUUCUUCUUCUGGAAACGAGGACUACCUUGACAAGGCUGUUGACUCCGCUGAGACCAAGUUCGGCGGUGGAAAGGUCGACCCCCACAGCCAAAAGGUUCGCGACGCGAAUGAGAAGGCUACCGACUUUGCCCGUGGCAAGUUCGAGGGUGCUACUGGCAAGAACGUCCCCGACAAGUUCUCCAACUAG